AUGGACACGGUGGCCGGCACAGGUACAGGUCCGGACUGCGAGGCUGAGAUCGUGGGUAGCUGGCUACCAAAGCUUUGGAUAGAUAGAUGGUCUUGUUUGCACAUGUCGGUUAUGGAGGUCAUCACGAGGUCUCUUAUUCAUGUGCCAACUCGACUGCUAGUCUCUCUUGAUAAUUCCGCUGUUACUUCGGUUCUUAUUGCCAAUUGCCUGGCCCCCAAACAGAUUUCUAGAACAACCGUGGAGGUCGGGAGGCGGCCUGGCUAUCUGAUUAGGCGCGUUUGUCUGUCUCGAAUGCCUAAUGAGGCCGGUUGA